AUCCAGGGGCUGGGGCUGGAGCUGCUAGCACGGUUGUGACUUAUAGGAUAGCAGGUGUGAUUGUGUCAGUGUAAGAGUUUGUGAGUAGGAGUGUGGGUGUCAGUGGGAGGGAGUGUGUGGAGCAUGGGACGUCAUCAUGUGGAAUUCUCUCCUCUCUCUCUCUCUCUCUCUCUCUCUCUCUCUCUCUCUCUCUCUCUCUCAGUGUGUGUGUGUGUGUGUGUGUGUGUGUGUGUGUCCUGAAGCAUGCCCACAGGUCACAAGUGUGUCACACAGGUGACUCUAGCUACGACAGUGGAAGCCUCUGUGUAGGGGACAGGAAGGCUCUAAAGGAGUAGAACCUGACAGGACCCUGCAGGAUGAAGGUUGAAGUUGAGAGACAGGUGAUAGGUAGAGGGUAGGGGAUAAACAGCAACAGAUAUCUGAACUCAAACUUUCUGGGGUGACCUGACUUGUCCCCAGCUGUUGUCCUUAACUGGCUUGUAUUGUUUGUAGGUCAUGCAGCUUUGGUUUCUUAGGGCUUUGGGCCACACUGGAGCUCAAAGCUCUAAUCCAAUAUCAGAUUGAAUGGGAUUCUGACUUCUAUUACUCCACAGGGCCAGGGGCGGAACUCCACUUUCAUAACCAGAGAGACAGGGGACAGGGGACACUCAUUCACACACACACAGUGCAACCACACUUCACACAGACUUACACCCAUGACCAAUGGCAUGUAUGCAGUAUACACUCAUGUGCUAGAUGCCUAUGCAAACCCACACAGCCUGGAAUUGAACCUGACAUGGCCUUUAACCCCAACCCCUUUUGCUUCUUGUACCCUUCAUUGGUCAUCUCUGAAAAAAUAGUCUCAGUAGGGGAAUACUUUCCACUGCGGGCUUCGGCUGGGGAUUAAGACAGGAGGCGAUAGGAUGCCUUUGGUUACUUCAUCUUAUCUACACAAGGGCUGUCCAUGGAGCCCAACCACAGAGCACUAUUUGGCCUUAAGGUCUGGGUCUGAAACAGCAGUUGCUCUUUUAGAGGUGAGAAGGCCAAUCUCAGCAGGCGAAAUGGGCUAAGGGAGGAUAUGAGUAAGCCACAGCUCCUGCAGCUUCCUCCAGACUCACAUUCAUGACUUCAGUUCAUCCUGCUGCAGAAGGGCGGUGUGAGACCAUGGGGCUGGACGGGGCAGUAUGCGGAGUGGGACUGGACCCGUUCCUUCUGUUCUUGGGCUUCAGUCACCCUGUCUCAGCUGCUGAGGGACAGACUUUUCAACCCUCCUCUCUCUCCUUCAGCAGUUAUGUGGAGACCAUUGAGGGAACAGUGAGUGCCUCUCAAACGCCAGGGGCUGGUACUUAGAUUUAUGGCUAUUAUUGCAUUGUUGCUGCUAGACCUCUCCGCCUCGGGCAUCCUCCUCUUCAAGGAUUUCUGGGAUGUGUCAAUGUUCAUUGUGCUUCUUUGGUUGGGAAGUUAGGGAAGAAUGUUUGUGAGUUGGCCUAAAGGCUGCCCUCCUAGUCUGUUGAAGUGGGAAAUGAGCCAGGUUCAAUUGGUCCACUAGGGUGUCUUUCCUCUGGUCCAAUCCUAGACCCAGCCCUUAGAGAUGGUUAAAUAAGGGCUGGCUGUGAAGAGCUUACCAGGCUUGCUGAAGAGAGAAGGAAGUAUUUUCCCCUUGGAUUAGGGUUUCCUGGUAUUUCAUGCUGCUCCCUCCAUUCCACUCAGUUAAGAAGAGUCAUCACUUGAUUUUGACUUCAGUAACUUUAUAGAUUACCUUUAUAGAAGAAAUGAGAAUUAAAAAAUGUUAGCUCUGAAGAUUGAAGCCAUAUUGUUUAGACUCCCCCCAACUCCCUUUUUUGAGACAUCCCAAGUUGGAAAUAUUUCAUCUAAUUUUUAAUUCACAUGUCUCAACUGUGACUUUUGUCCCUGAGCUCUGAUUGGUAACCAUGUCUUGGGGCUUUUCUCCUGAGUGGCUGGUGGGGAUAAUGGCAAUCUCUGUGCUGGUUCAGACAAUGGGGAUUGUCUAGAAUGAAUUGGGGCAUUGAUCAGCUCCCCUGCUCCGAGGGCUUCAGCUGUCAGCCCCUCUGUGUCUCAAAAGCCCUAGUGUGUGGGUGCCCUAAGGGAUUUGAUCCUUGCCCUGAACCUGGCCAUGGCUCCAUGACUGUCCCUUCCCCAUGCCCAUGUGACCCUGCCUUACACAGGGCUUUGCUGGGAGGACUGUGUCUCUUGGGUCUGAGCCCUGCUUCCCUCUGCAUGACUGAGGCCUUGUGGAGACAAAGCUUGGAAUGAAGAAUGUGGGAGUGCAGGCCGUGCAGGGGCCCAUGAAGGGUUAUCUUGGCUCCUCCACUUGGUCUGGAGGCCACAAGAUGGUGGUCAGUGCCAUCUCUUCCUACUGAAGGGGUCCCAAGACUGUCAGAUAGUCAGAAAGUCAUUCAUUCUUUCGACUGGUAGAGACCAGGGCAACACUGAGGCUAGUGCACAGCUGAUGAAAGCUCUCAUUCCUGCUGAGGGAUCUGUUUUACCUGUAGAGGCUGCUGUGUUUGGGAAGAUCCUGUGGCACGGGUAUGCUUGUGCAGAGCAGUGGUUAGAGUGCCUGAUGGUGGCCUUUCAUGCCCUGUGUGGGUGACUGCUUCUCCAGGCAUGCUAAGCCAACCAUGUUGGUGGCCAUUGCUCAUACUCAAGGCUAACUAUAUGAGAAGAAUUUCACCACAGAAGGAGAAAGCGGAAAUGCCCUGGGCCUGCUACUGGGUAAGGCUUAGUGGCUUUGGUCCUUUCUAGACGAAUGUAACCUCAAAGAGGAGACUGUACCUCUGCUGAGGAUUUGUUCUGGUUAUGCUCUGUUGGCUUCCGACACUGAAACUUGACCUAGGGAAGAGGCUUAAAAACAGCAAGAGAGUAUCAUAAGGGUGACCAGAGUGUUCAAGUGAGAAGGCCACUUGCAAUUUCCUAUUCUCUGGCUUUGGCUCUUUGAAUCUUUUGCUUUGUUGAAACCUCCUUGUCACCUUUUGAAGUGGGUACUUGCAUUUGUGGGUACAUGGAAAAAAAAGUAUAGCAAAAUCAAAUAAGGCCAAGGGUAGGACUAGCUAUCCCUUCCUUGCCAGGUCUGCCACUCUGGAGUCUGCUGUGGGGAUGGCAACUGUCCACUGAGUGGGACAGGGAACUCUCUAAUUUUGGAAGCCUGUAGGAAAAACUACCUGUUCAGGUAAACUAGGGGAGGUGCUAAGGGCUUGUCUCCAUCUGGUACUAGGAAGUGACUGUCACCAGCAAUUUUGGCUCAGCAGCAUCCUUGGCCUUCCCAGCCUCAAUUGGGGAGAGUCACCCCCUGGAACACAGAGGUGCAUGGCAAGAGAAGGCCUCAGAGACCAGGUGAGGAAUUCCCAUCCAACAUCAUAGGGUGGGGAACACUGGGGUUCUGAGGUUUUAUUCUUCCCUGGAAUAAUCUCUAGUCUUGGAAUGUAGCCUCCACCAAAACCCCUCGAUCCAGCCAGUGCAAGCUUCCCUCCUCCAGCUCUAGGUACCCCCAGUGCCAAGCUCUGGGGUGUUGCAGAUCCCCUGAGGUUGUCUUUGGGCAGACAGGACUCUGCCAGGCGUGAUGCAGUGUCUGUAGGCGUCAGCAGUUUGGCUGAGUAAUUGUGUAUAGUGUUCAGUUUGCACUGGAAAAAUGGAAGGCUAGUCUUACAAACCAAAUAUCUUGGUUUGGAAACCCUGCGAAGUGCGGCCUGUGGUCUCGAGUGUGAGCUGCAUUGUGGGCCUGUGAGCCCUACCCUGCUGGCUUAACAGAUGCCAUUGUAGGAUAGAACAUUUCAUCCUGGCCAUCUAUCCUAAUAGAGUCAGGGGUUGGUAGCAUACACUGCAGAUGUAAGAAGAAAAGCACAUAAGCUUUGCAGGCAGAAAGAUCUGAUGUCCAGUCUCAGUUUGCUGACCUGUAAAAUGGAUGCACCUUAUUAGAGCAGUGGUGAUGGAGACAGGAAAGCUAUUAGAAACCUAACAUUCCUCAUAGAAUAAACAAACCCUGAAAGACAAUCUCCCUGUUUCCUGUCCCAUCCACUUUCAUGAAAGAGUGCUGGACCGGCAAGAGAGGUGGAUGCCAGUUCUCCUCAGCCUCUGAGCUUGCUGUCUUACCUUCCCUGUAGUUUCCCUUCCUUCUAGGUAAAACAAAAGACAAGUUCCUUUCUUCUCAUCCCUCUGUAUGUUUUGAAGAUAACAAAGAAGAACUUAGGGGCAAAUCUAGAAGUUCAGUUAAUACUGACUCCCAACUUCAUGUCUGACAUAUUGAAACCCUCGUUACGCUAGGGUCCAGGUUAAACAUGAGAUAGAGGGACAAAGGUCAGUCACCAAGUCACUAUCUGACCACAUGACAAGACAGACCAGCACACUGAAGCCCAUUUGAGGGUAUGGUCCAUACAGGCUGGGUCCUUUCCAAGCGUGUACAUUGGAGAGGCCUUUCCAGAGAUGACACUUGUGCUGUGUUCCCUGAAAAAUAGGAAGUUUUAGUAACUGAAGAGGAGGAUGUUGUAGCAGAGAGACCAGCAUGUGCUCCAGUGCUAGGCUGUGUGUGUGUGUGUGUGUGUGUAUGUGUGUGUGUGUGUGUGUGUGUGUUCGUUGACACAUGAGCAGGUAUGUGUACACAUGUGUGCUUGUGGGAUGUCUUUUUCAAACUUUCCACCUUCUUUGCUGAGUGGCUGAACCCAGAGUUUACCCUUUUGCCUAGUCUAGCUAGUAAGCUUGCCCUAGGGAUCCUAUCUUUGCUUCUUGAGCACUGAUUACCACUGGGCUGCUGUCCCCAUCUGGCUUUCAUGUGCUGGAGAUCCAAACCCCAGACUCCAUGCUCAGGCAAGUGCUUAUCCUCUGAACCAUUUCCCCAGACCCCACUAAGCGCUUCUUAGCGGUAACUUGGGGGAGUUUAGUGACUGUGACUGGGGAGUGUUCAGUAAUUGUGGAAAUGAGACAGAAGACACUUCAGGGAGCUUGGAAAGGGUAUUGGGUCUUGUUCAGUUACCCAGAUAGUAUUUAUAGGCAAGGCACUGAACAUUUUCAAUGGUUGUAUAUAGAAAGGUUGAAAUCCUAGUUAAGAAAUCCCUCUUUAUCUAUGGUUUGCAGCUGACUGCAUGGCAUACCUUUUCUUUUUACCAUUCUGCUUUUCUUUCUUUCCAAUAGCAUGAAAAUAGAUCCCACUCACAUAUACUCACAUUUAUUGCUUGUAUAAUUUAUGUCUCAUGGUUAUAAAUAUGUUACCGUAAUAUAUCGCUGUGGCCAUCCUGACAAAAGCGACUUAAGGAACAGGAGGGUUUUUUUUUGGCUUGUGAUUUGAGGGGCAUAGUCUCUUGGUGAAGACAUGAACGUAGUGGCACAGAAAGUAGAGCUCUUGCUCUCAUCUGGCUUUCUACUUCCCCCUUUGUAGUCAGGGUGGUCUCUGUUCUUCAGUUAAGUCUUUCUGGAAACAUCUACAAAGACUUUCCUAGAAGUGUGUCUCCUGGCUGAUUUCAGUUUCAGUAAAGUUGACGAUAAAGCUCACAGCCCUGACAGCAUCUUCGUGUCUAUACCAUCUUCCUCCCAGAGCUCGUCUGUGGAUGCUGCUAGUUACGAUGCUUCUUCAGUCUCCUCUGCUUUCUCUCCUGACCCUUUGGUUGAAUGGUGCAGGUGGUCAUUACAAUGAAUAUCCUCUGAUUUGGGUGUUGGGUGAUCUGCAUGGCUGGAGUCAGGCUGUAUGUUUUGGGCAGGCAAAUGUGUUCUCUAGAGUCUUCAUUUCAACAAGCCACAGAAUGGGACUUCUCUGGCUCCUGGUGGCCAAGGCUGUCAUUGCUCACUUCGGGUGGUAUCUAUCAUGUUCACAGUGAAAUUGCUGUUGUCCUCAGUUGAUGAGUGACUUGUGGAGAGAUAUUUUGAGACUCUAGCCAAUACCAUAUUUGCCAUCAAACUUACAGUUAUAUAUCAGUCAUACUUUUGAAUUCAUUAUUUCUUUUAUAAUUAUUUAUUGUUAUUCUACUAUCAGACUACUCAUUUUCUCCUUUCACCUGCUCCUCCCUUUCUUCCAUCAGUAGGGUCUCAUAUAGUCUUAAUUCAUUGGAUGAGUCAAGUGCUGUGUUUAUUUUUGUUUGAUGGUCACAUGAUCUCAGAUUCAGUCCGUGGGAAGCUGAUUCAGUGUUAUAGACCAGCUUCUGUUUCUUUUCAGUUUGCUUCCAUGAUUCUCUGAGUGCUUGCUUAUUAUCUGACGUGGCGAAAAGUGAGGGUUACUCUUGAUUCUUCCUUAUCCCAUCCUUGGAAUUAGCCUUCAUUUGGAAGAGCGUGGGCUCUUUAUGGGGGAAUGGCAUUUAGAAACCCUACUGGAGGUGACCUGUGCCCUUUUUUAUUGGUGUAUAAGCUCUGUUAGCAGAGCUGGGACAUGCAUGUCUUAUUGUCUUUCACAGUAGGCCAACGCACCCUGUUGCUAAGUGUUCUUUAGAAGCGGGAACCCUGUGAACCUGACAGGGAGAGGGUAUGUUAGGGUAGGGGCAGUUCAGCACGAGCCUCUUUGAGGAGAUGUACCUAAAAAGACUUAUAUGUGAAGAGGAGAAGUUGGAAGGGGAGAGAAUCAUAGGAUUGUUUUAAUUGCACAGGGAAUAAUUAUAGGGGUCUGAGUGAGCAUGGAGGGAGUCAGGACAGAGUCAGUACUACAUAAUAAUUGGUUUGUCACAGAUGCAGACAAGGGGUCUCGCAGGUUGAAGUCUUCAAGGCCUGUCAAGCACAACACAUUCAGAAUGGAAUUCCUGUCAUUUCCCUCCUGCACUGUCAGUCUUAGGCACUCGUGACACUUACCAGGUGUUUCAGAUCUCACUGAAUGACCUUUCAGUCCCUACAGCUGCACAAGCCAGAGAGAUGAAGCCACCGUCCUCAUCAUCUCCAUACCUGCUGUGCUAGUGUGUAUUGCUCAAGCCCAUCAUCUCUCCCCAUCUUCAUCAGCGUCCCCUAGUUCAAGGUACCACUCUAGACACCUGAGUGACUCAAUCAUGUCACACUGGCUACCCUCCAAUUCCUCUUCACAAAGCACUCAAAGGAGACUUCAGAACAAUUCUGGUUUUGUCACUUUUCUACUUACAACUGAUCUUGAGAUAAAGAUGAAAUUCCCAUGUAAACUCUCCAGGUCUCCCUUUUCUGGCUCUGCCCUCAUCUUCAAGGGUUGCUCCUCUGCCUAGAAUAUUCUUCCUUUCUCUCAUCACCUGACUAAUUUCCACUUAUCUCUCAGUUCAGUUCACUUUUCACACAUCCAUGACGGGAUCAAAACCUGUUUUAUAAAGUUUUAAGACACAUUGCAGAUCCUUCAAGACCUUCCUUGCCCAUUAGGGAUUUCUGUUUUCCUGUAAUAAUAUUGUUUUGUUUUUGUUUUUAUUUUAUUUUUUUUUAAAUUUAAGGUACUCUGUGCUAUCUGGGACAUUCUACUUUGUACAUUGCUUUAUCCUGGUUGGUAGACAUUACUGACACAUGCCAUAGGGACACACUGAAUGAAUGAAUGAAUGAAUGAAUGAAUGAAUGAAUAGAUGUCGAGUGAGUGGAUGGAUGAAUGACGUGUUAUGGAACAAUCAAACAGACUAUCUAUCAUCUAGAAGAUUUGUGGAGAUGGUGAUCAAAUUCCUGUAUAAUCCCAAGGAGAGCUCUGGAGAAGGCAGCUGACCUCCAGUGGUAUCCCUGAGCUCAAGUAGGAUCUCUGUAUUUCCCACCUCUGGUUUGUUGAACACAUACAGCAUAGGAGUGGUGUGAAAGGUCGUUACCAUGGAAGGAAGGCUCCCUGGGGCAGCCUGAAUGAGUCUCCUGAUUGAUUAUGAGGAUCAGCAGCUGCCAGCAUGCAAUUCUGCGGGAUGGAAACCCAAAGGGAAUACAGAGAAUGGGGCUUACAGACCCAGCCAACCCCCAUUGUAAAGUACUAGAAUAGGCCAUGUGGUCCCUCUGGCUCACUCAUUCCUGCAUUCCUCACUCUCCUGUCAUUUAUCAAUCUGUUUCCUCUUCUUUUGGUCACUUCCCCACCCACCCAUCUGCCACCUACCCAGCCAUCCACAAACAAGAAUGGGUGUUGGAUUUAUAUGCAACACUCGAAGCUGAUCCCCUCCUCUCUUACAGUAUUUUCAUCCACUGUCCUCACAGUCCAGAGGCUCAGGUAAGGAGACAUCAGGGGUGGGGUGCCAUGCUGACUAGGAACUGUUGAUUAAUGCAGCAGGCAGCUUUUUCUCUGUCUCUGUCUCGUUUCCUGCUGACCUGCUCUCUUCCUUGCUUCCCACUACUGGGUCCCCUCUCGUUCUCCAUUUUCCUGACUUCCCUUCCAUGAUAGCUUAGGGAACUGGAUCCUCAACCCAAUCACCAAGUAGGUAUUACAGAGCUCUGCAGAGGAGGUCAGGGGUCAGGCCCCAAAGAAUAAGAUAAAAAACAGCUCCCUCCGGGGUACCAAUCUUUAUUUUCAUCUCUUUUUCAUUGAUUGCUCUUCAGUCCUGUGGAAUUUAUAGGGAGGCUAAAGACAUGGGGAGAGCAAGCUUUAAAAUACAGCAUUUAGAAGCCAGGCAGUGGUAACCCCAGCCUGGCCUCUCUAGAUGCUGUCACUUCAGUUUUCUGAGGUCUGUCGUUUUCAAAGCUCUCCAAAUGCAUGCCGUCCAUCUGGUGUCUCAGACAAGGUUGGAACUGAGCAGGAGAGGACAAUAGCAGCCCCAUCAGAUAGCAACAUCUUGGAACAAUGCCCAGGGUGCCAAGGGUCUAAGUUACAGACUUAUUUACUCUCACAUCUAUUCAAGCAUCAACUUAGCAUCUGCUAUGGGUUGUGCAUUGCUCUAGACACCUGAGAAGCAAGAGUGGGCAAACGCUAGUGUCAAGUCCUUACCAGACUUGCUUUUUUGGUUUGGGAGGACAGCUAACAGGUCAUGUGCAGGAUGCAAACACAGUUCCCAGUGCUAUGUAGAAAUGUAAGAGAUGGUGAAGGAGCUCCAAGAGCUGGGGAGGUUUGGAUAAGCAGACAUUUAAGAGGGGGCCAACAUUGUCUCAGCCUUAUGGUUAAGAUCAAGCAGAGGCCUGGAGGAGGGAAAGAUGCAAGCUUAUGGGAGCAUUUUGGAGAAGAAAGGCAAGGGUGAAGGCCCCGAGGCAUUUGUGAGGAAGGUCAGUUGAGACAGAGUGAAGUGAGGAAAGAGUCCAAAGGAGGCAAAGUGUGGCAGCAAGAUUCAGAAGCUUCCUGCAUUCUAUUCGUGCAGCAGUCUGAGUGACAGUGACAUUGGAAGGGUUAAGUGGAGGACUGUCAUGCUUUGGCUGCUAUGAACAGAAUAGAUUGUGGAAGGGGGAGCUAGAAAAGGGAGAGGACUUAGGAGCUUCUUUGAAAAACUCAAAGGACAGAGGGUUGUCUUCACUGAGCAUCCAUUGUUUCUAUCCCAUAGGAUCUCUCCACCAGGCCUCAUGAGUUUUCUAAUCUUAAUUUUAAUUUAUUUUAAGUAUGUACAAAUGUGUGUCUGCAUGUGGAUAGGAGUGUGUGUGCAUGGGUGCUGGAAGAUGCCAGAGCUGGCAAAUCCUUUGGAGCUGGAGUGACAGAUUGAUGUUAGCUGCCUGAUGUAGGUGCCGGGAACCAAACUGAUGUCCUCAGAGGAUGAAUAAGUGUUCUCAAUGACUGAGCCUUCUCUCCAGCCCCAGGCCUGGUGGUUUCUAACACACGGAACACCAUGCCAGAUACUUGUUGUCAUGGACAUAUCUUUGUGGGACUUUGGCCCUAACAGGAAAAUAAAAUGUGUUAUAGGAGGUCACUGGACAGCUAGGAGGUCAAGCAUUCUCAGCAAAUCUAGCAUAAAUGGAGCCAACACUGCAGUCUCGCAGUAGCCCUGUUGUGUGGGCCAGAGUAAGCUUCAAGUCAUGGACAUGUUUAUACCAAGUAUUGGCCGGUAAGGUGAGCAGUUCAGUCUGGAGAACAACACGGCAGUGUUCUUGAGGCUGGAACCUAAGGGAGUACAUGAUGGUGAUACUAAUAGAUUUGGGGAGACCUGGGGCCAGCGUCUGACUGCUGGGAGGAGAAUGCAGAACUUAGAUCCGUAUGGAGACAUGGAGCUGAUGGAAGUAUAGCAGGUUCCAGGGUGUUGCUGGGAAAAUUGUGUUUGAAGAGAUUGAGACUGAUGUUAGCACAGCCAGGUGAGAUGGGCUGGAAACCAGCAAGACUGUCCCCUUGGGUGAGGACCCCGGAUGCUGUUAGGAUGGUUCCUGGAGGUACAGUAGCUGGGAGUGCAGGGACGUGGGGGCUCCAGUGGCUAACAAGGUCAGCAGGAGAAAUGAACAUCCAUCAUUGGCAUAAACUCCUGGUGUCUCUUGUCACUUAAAGCCACCUUUGAACAAAAAUCAUAAAGUGGCCUGGAUUCUGGGCAGAGUAAGACUGGGGUCUAGUCUCUGGUAGUGAGUGAUUGUCACAAGCUUCCAGUGGCAGGGGGCAUUAGAAAGUAGAGAUAUUAGGUCUGCAGGGGGCCCUCAUCAGUCCCAGCCUCUCCUCUCAUAUAGGGGAAAUCGGAGGUCUAGAGAAGAGGCAUACAUGGCCCUAGGCCAUUAUAUCUUAUGGAAGUUAUUAAGACCCUGGACCCUGUCUGAACUAACACUACAGUGCCAUCUAUCCCCGGUAGGCUUCAGUUAAAAUAACAAAAAACACUGCACAGCAGAGAAAGAUAGCCGGUGUGGUCACACUGGGACGAGGAACGAAGAAAGCGUGCCAGCAACAUCCCCAUCUUCUGGGUCCUGAGCAAAGGUUUGCAGCUAAAUUGAAGGAAACUACUGUUAGCAUAACUAACUAGUCCUGGUCAAAGUGUGGUCCUGUCUUUUUUUUUUUUUUUUUUUUUUUUUUUUUGUCUUAGCUCCAGUCUUUCCUGCAAAGUUGAAUGACAAGUUGUCAGAAUUGCGUUAGAAUUGCGUUAGGUUCUUUUCUGGGAACAACCUCUCCUGGCCAGCACCAGGCUUCAGCUCUUCCUUCUCUUGGGUGAACUCCCACUUCUUGGAGACGGUUGUUCAAUAGCCUGAUAGUCAAGGCACGUGAGCUUCUUUAGAGUCUGUACAUUCCUGCCAGGAUGUCUGCAUAUAGAGUGCUCAUGCCCAUGUUGAGAAAAAGCUAAGCAUCUCACCGAACUCAUGCUAUCGAAAUUACUGUGCUUUACUUAAUCAUGCAUUUGCACAUCUCUGCCAGUGACAGAGGAAAUCCUAUACAAAGAGUAAUUUAUCCAUCUUCAUCUUUAGCAUAAAAUGGGGGCUUGAAGCAGAGAGAAUGCGGUACUGCGUCUUUCUCUUGACCUUGACUAUGAUGGCCAUGAGACUGCUCUCAGAGGGUUGACUAGAAAGUUCUGCCUGUGGGUGGGACCAAGUGCAUUCAUGUGGCUUUCUUCAAGAACAGUUUCUGACAGUUCUCAUUCACAGACAGUUGCAAAAUCCCAGUAGCUUUUGUUGUGAAGUUCCCUGGCACCACAAGAAAAAACUUCCCUUUCAGAGGGAGAACAGCACUGGAAGACCUCUGACCUCCAGCAGGCACUUGGCAUGUGUGUGUGCAGGGGUGGGGUUUAUGUCCUUUGCUCAGCCUAGCCUUGGGCUUGGUUGGUCUCUGGGAAUUGGACAGACCUGAUUAUCUGUUCCCCAUGUCUCAAAGACCCAAAAGCCACUUCUUUCAGAAUAGUCUAGAAAACUUGUCAUAGUCUUGGUGCUGGAGCUGGGGCUCAUUUCUUAUCACUGCAGAAGAGGCUCCCAAAACGUACUCUGUUUCUCUGACCCAGGCAGGCUGCACUGCUGCUCUGGUGCAAAAGUGGGUGCAGGAGCAGCAAUAUGAGGGCAAGCAAGAGCCACAGUGCAGCCUUCUGCCUCCUCAUUUCCAUUCACUUCUGCUUAUGGUUGGGAGAUGUGUGAGCCCUGAAUCCAUCACCCUCUGUCUCCUUAUCACUGGUAUUAAUCAAGUUUUAAUAUUUCUGGGGUAAAUCCUGAGAUGAUUGUUCAAUUUCCUAAAUUUAUUCUAGGAUCAAAGCUCCUUUGUAUUUACCAGUUUAAAAAAUGUUACCAAUAGGGAAAGUCCCCUAUUUUCAAUAUAUCUUGGCUAUACAUUUUAGAUUCAUAUUGUCAGAGUCUAAGGAAGGAUCCUGUUGGGGUUUACCUGGACUUUCUCUUAAUGGUGGAUUAGCACUUUCAGCAUUGGCACACUAUCUGAAUGAUCUCUUGAUUACCUUGGCCUUUCUUAAUAUCUUGUAGUAGUGUUUUACAAUUUUCCCAAUCAAGAGCUUGCACAGAAGAGUCAUUUCCAUUUUCCUUAUGCAUUUUACUGCUCUUGUUGAAGGUCUUUCCUCCUCUGCCACCCCCUCUCCCUGAUAUGCUGUUGGAACUACACCUGAAUUCUGUAUAUUUAUUGACAACUUUCUAAGUUCCUUUAUAACUUAGGGACAAUUUAUUUGUAGACAUUGUUGGGUUUUAUACAUGGACAGUGAGUAGCAAACUCGUCUGUAUUAUCAGAAGAACUGUGGAUGGACACAGAUGCAUUGAUUCUUGGUUUGUCCAGGGAAUCAGGUUUACACAUGGGUGGUUGUGUGCGGGUGAACAAAGCAGAGGUGAGUUUUAACCUCCAUUUCCUCUGUGGCGGCGUGCUACAUAGCAACAGUCUUGAUUCUGAUAUUUCUCUCAUAUUGCUUUCUUUCUGUCCCAGAUCAGAUUUCUAAUGCAAUGGUGGAUCCAAGUGGUGAAAUGGGGCAUCUGUUCUCACAGAACCUGCUUUCAAUGGGUGAAGCAUAAUAUCCAUGAUACUGUCUCCCAUAGGGGCACAUUGACUGAUCAACCUGCCUAAGGAAAGCCCCCUUUAGUCCUAGUUUGAUCAAAGUUUUCUUUUUCUAAGUUGCUAUUGAAUUUUAUCAAUUUAUUUCUGUCUAUUGGUAAUAGUCAUGGUUUUUCUAUUUUGUUUAUGUGGUGAGUUUCACUGUAAUGUCCAGGCUGUAUUAUUCUUCCCAUCACUCUUGGGCUUUGUUGUCUAAUUUAGCAUAUUUUAUUUUAUUUUCUGUUAUAUAUAGGAUAGGUUUAUAUAUCUUCGUUCUUCUGUUGUUCUUUUUAUUUUAUAUAUAUAUAUAGUGUGUGUGUGCGUGCAUGGUGUGUAUGUGUAUAUGAUGUAUGUGCAGUAUGUGUAUGGCAUGUGUGUGGUAUGUAUGUGAUGUGUGUGCAGUAUUUAUGUGUGUGUGCAGAUACACCUGCUUCUGUGCAUACCCAUGGAAGCUUAACAGUUCUGUUCAUUUAAUUCCUGUUUUUCUCUGCAUGUGUCCAGCAUGCUAACCAUUGUGCAGUGGCAUUUGCUUAACUUUGGGUAUUUCCACAAUCCUCUUUGUCUUCGAUAUUCUUUAGUCUUUUUAAUGUUCUAAGGUGUAUGCACCUUUUGUAUUAUUUUGCUUGAUAUUCAUUGUUAUUUCUGAACCUGGAAGCUACUCUCUUUGAAUGCUGCUUCACACACGCACUCUCUUACUUUCUUGGAACAGGGAUGAAAUGCUCACUAGACCACAUUGCCGCUUUUUGCCCUUAGCCUUAGUUUUCUCAUUUCUAAAAGUAGGUCCUCUGAGUUGCAUUGCGGGUAAUUCCUUUGUUCUAUCAUUUGACCAUUACAUCUUUUAGUUCUUUUUGGUUCUUUCUUGGAGCUGCUUGACUGUAAUUUGCAGUCUUUGUUUCUUGCAUCUGUUUCCAAGAACUCUAUUUCGUGUCUUGGAAUGAAAUUGUCUAAUUGAGCUCUGUCAUCAAUUCCCUAACAGGCGACGCAAAGCCAACCCACGACUUCUAUGGGGGUCAGGCCACGGUGAUUAAUUCUCGGCUUUUACAGCUGACAUUUUGCAGAGAAGGGUUCAGUUUCCAUUUCUCUAUGCAUGGAGUUUCUUCUCUUCUGGACUUGUAUCUGAUUCUUCCUCUUGGAGAAUCCCUAGGCUUUAGUACCUGCACUCCACACAAAAGAAACGUAUGUUUAAUGGCCGUGACAUCUCACAGAUGCUAUCAAUGGAAAACUCAUCCUAUUUCUGUCUCUCCAGAUUUAUUUUUUGGCAGAUCAAUGUUAUAAUUUUAAGGCCAUAAAGUGGUUCGUCUUCACUGUCAGCUUCAUUGGAGUUUGAAGCACCUGGGAGAUACUUGUCUAUGACGCAUUUCCAUAGUGGUUUAGUAGACUCAUUCCGAAUGUUGGUAGCAGCAUCCUUUGGUCUAGGGUCUGGGCCUAAAUAAAAAGGGAAAGAAGGAGAAAGCCAACUGAGUACGUCCAUUCAUCACUCUGCUUCCUGACUGUGGACAUAUGAGCCUUGUCCUCCUGCAGCUGUGACCUCCUACCAUGGUAGCUGCACAGCCAUGCAUGAGCCAAGACCAACCUUUCCCUUCCUUAAGUUGCUUUGUCAGAUAUUUUGUCACAGAAACAAUAGUAACUGAUGCCUAUAAAUAUCUCAAUACUUAAAGAAAGCAAUUUUCAUGGAAAAACUAUUUGGACUAUCUGAUCUAUCAUUUUACUGAAAUUAAAAACACAAUGUAGGUUUUCUGUGUAAGAAAGGGGUUCUAAAAUAAACAAAUGGGGAGAGAGAGAGAGAGAGAGAGAGAGAGAGAGAGAGAGAGAGAGAGAAUGAUAGAUAAAUGUGCUCUGUUGCCAACUAAAAAUUAGCUGUUGGACAACGGCGAUAUACUGUGGAGGAUUGGCAGAGAAGGUAGUGUUUUUAUCCCCACUCAACUUUGUAACGAUGUAAGCUAGCAAAUUAAGGGAGUUCUCUUUUUCCUUUCUACCUCCCUGAAGUAGGGAUAACAGCAGCACUGACUGUUUUAGAUGUUUGGGGGGUGUAAAUGUGCUUAUUUAUUCGAACCACUUUGAAAAGUUCUUGGCACAUAGUUGUGUCAGAUAUGACAAUUCACUGCAUUUAAGAUAUAAUAAAAUGAAAGACAGCCUGCUGCUUCAUAACAGGUAAAGAUGGCUGUAGAUAAACUGUGACAAAGAACCAUUGGUUAGAGUAUGUCAAAAUGCAUAUUAGAAUUGCAUGGCUGCAGCAAUAGUGGCUGUUAUUAUGUAUGGAUAUGUGAGAGCAGAGAUGGCCAUCUUGGAGACAGAUUCAAAGUCUCAGGACGGAUAGGACUUUAUUCAAGCCCACCCUCAUUCUGACUGAGCUCCUACUUUGCGGUAGGCACUGCUCAAGUACUGCUGUGACGUGUGGUGUGCUAGAAAUAGUGAUGUCCUGCUAGUGCAGCACUCUACAGAGUGUUGGCCUUCUUGUUUGAGGUCUCUAUAGUUAACUUAAGUAGGCAGAUGUAGACAGUGUAUCUGACAUCCCCUUAAAGGGGGAUCUUUUAAGGGUCCCCUUAAAGGGUUCUUUAGCUAUGCACAUUAUCGCAAUGUCAAUAGCAUGUUGAGAAUAAUUGUGCUUGCUCAUACUCUGGCUUAUUCUGUUUAUAAACUCAGAAUGAGUCAAGCCUCGGAGUUGGUUAUGUCUUGUCUACGAUUUCUUUUCACUAAUAAGCUGGUACGAACACUUUACCAUUGUGACUGAGCCAAGGUUCUAAUUCAGAUUUACUUCUGUGUUGAAUGUCCCAUAAUCCUUUGGUCACACAGUGUGUGAGCUGGGAUGGUAUUUGUUUCUUUAGGGCUAAUGUUGCUAGUCACAGAAAUAUCUUAGUGUUUGUGCUCAUUCAUAGGACGCUUUCUGUCCUGUGCUAUUAUCCCCAAAUGGCAAGACUGUAAUUAUAAUGUGCAAAAAUGUAUUGUCUCACUGGACCAGGGUAUAAAAUCCAGUAUCAAGAACCCCCCAGUUUGUAUCUGGAGAGGUACUUCUUUUCUUCCAAGAUGAUCCCUGAAUGCUGCAUCCUCCAGAGGGGAGAAAGGACUGGUCCCCUUGAGGCAGGAGAUGGAAAUAUAUGGAUAACAAACCCAUUUUUGCGAGCUCUUUAUAUAAUAGUAUUCAUCUAUUUUCAGGGAUUUCACUCUUGUGAUUAUUUUAUCUCCCUAGACUCUACCUCCUAGUGCUAACAACACAUUGGAUUUUUAUGCAUCCUGAUGGGAACUUGAAUUUUCAAACAGUAGCCAUUUCUACAUACUAAUUUUUCUUUCUACUCAAAUUUCCUUUGCUUCUUUCGGAUACAUUUAAUAGAGUCUGCCUUUUAGCCUUUUGGGGGAAGAACAGAUCUUUGACAUUUCAAUAAGAAAUCAGGCACAUAGAGGGAUGCCAUGAAAUUUCUCAUGUGAUAUCUCUUUAAUUGGUGUUUGGGUCAGGGUAGAUUCUUAGAUUGUUAUUAGCUUCUGAAGUGUCAUACAGGCACUAUGCUCUUAGGGUAAUCUAACAACACAGAAUGGGUUCCAGUCUGAUAUUACAGAUGAGAAAAUAAAUCCAAAGAUCAGAGGGGCUGAAGUGAAAGCAGUCAUGGAUUCAAGGCACAUAGUAAACUCCAGUGCAGAGGAUUGGGAGGGGAAGGAAUCAGAGGCUCGUCCUGGUUGUUGGUGUUGUGUGAUCAUCCUUUCAUGGACUAGGAGGGAAGAAAAAAUGUAUUCAUGAAGAUACAAGGUGUUGUAAAUUCUCCUUCCUAUGUCUUCCCUCUCAAGAGUACUCUAUAUAGACCCCUUCAACUGGGUCUUCAGCAGGAUUCAGAAAGGGAACUAGCUUGCCCAGUGUGACCUUUGAAUGUGAUUUAUGAAAUAAGAUAUAUUCAAAUUUUCACCACAUUGGAGCUAUUCAAUUUUCUCUAAUAGCCUUUAUCUGAGAGUUAUGUCUAUUCGUGGCAGUUACAACCAGUAAGUCAUUAGCUUAGAACAUGGUGAUGGUUAAUUUUAGCACCCUGGGAUCUGGGCCCAGUGGGGAAGGUCUCUCUCUUCUGCAAAUCAAGGAUAAGCAGCAUUUGAGCAGUUGGGUAAUAUUUAUAUCAGGGAAAGUUAGAAAGUAAGAAGUAAUCAUUUAAAGUUUGAAGAUGUAAAGGCCUUUGAAUACUUAGAGUUGAGUUGGCAGAAUGGCCUCUGGCUUCUUUCUGCAUUUAUGUGCUUUCGCCAAAAGAGACAUGCCAUACUCUUUAUACCAAGUGUAUAUAUAUAUAUAUAUAUAUAUAUAUAUGUAUAUAUAUAUAUAUGUAUAUAUAUAUGUAUAUAUAUUCACUGGUAUAUGCAGAAUUCUCAUUUUAUAUUAAUUAUGUACUCCAACUUAUUGAAAAAUACAACCUGAUGUCCAAGGUCAUAUACUAGUGACCUUGGAAGUCUAACCCCUGAAUGUAUAUUCUUAGUGCACAGAGCUCUCUGGCAGGUGAGGCUCAAAAGCCCAGACAAGCCCUAUUGCAGGGAAUACUCCAAGUCUCAGAGUUUGGGCUGUCAGUCCUCAGUCAUAACCUUUGGCAAGAAUCCCCAGCUUAAUUAAGCACCAAGAGCAAUAGGCUCCUGGGCAGCUUUUAAAGCAAGGAGAAGCUGGGUAAUCAUUUCCCUGGAACCAGGGAGGCUACAUUUCAAGACACACCAUGGAGGCAGCCAUGGGUUUCCUGAUUCUAAACAAAAUGCUUGGUGGAAGCCGCAUGGUGGUUUGCUUGGAUGGAUGAUGCCAUUUAGAGAAUGGGUAGUGUAUAAAUCAGGCACUGGUAAGCAUGAGUUCCAGUAGGGACAUCUUUCUGGUGAUGCCAUGUGUCUUAGUUAGAAUUAUGUUGCUGUGAUGAAAUACUAUGACCAGAACUAACCACAGUUCCAUAUAACAGCUCAUUAUCAAAAGCAGUGAGGGCAGGGAUCUGGAGGCAGGAGUCAUGGGGGGAUGCUGCUCACUGUCUUGCGCCCUGUGGCUUGCUCUGCUUGAUUUAUUUUAAAAUAGACCCUAGGACCACUAGCCCAGGGAUGGACCACCCAAAACAGGCUGGGACAUACCCCAAUGAUCACUAAUUAAGAAAUUGCCUAUGGCUGGAUCUUAUUGACGGAUUUUCUUAAUUGUGCUUCCCUCCUCUCUGAUGACUAGCUUGUGUCAAGUUAGCAUCAAACUAGCAAUACGUGUUUUUUUUUCUUUCUGACUCUCUAGAGACUCACACACAUCCCUGAUCUAGCUUACCUGAUCUAUCUCACUCCAAAGGACAGUAUGCAAUCAGGACCCUUGCAUUUAUUUUCCAAAGCUCCAUUGUUUUUCCUGCAGACACUGUGAGGCCUCGAUUGGUCUUCCUGCAGCCUGUCUCCUCAGCAUUUUCUAGGGGAUAACAAGCAGUUUAUGGGACAUGUGCAUGUCCGAAGCAUAGCUGUGAUUUUUACCAGUUUUUGGUCUUCCUCCCUGUGAACCUGUCUCUCCAUAUGUGUAUCACGCAGGGCUGUGGAGGCCUAGAGGGGAUCAGACUGGCUUUGUGAGUCCUGAGGUCUAUUGUGCCUCUUCCCUGUUUCUGUCACGCAUCUGAAAAACAGGGAUGACGUAGUGAACGCUUGUAAAGACUGAGUAUAAAGUGUUUAGAACAAUGUCUUGCAGUCCUUAAGUGCUUCUUCCUCUCCUCUCUUCAUGGUUAUUGCUGUUAUUACUGUGGUUAGGGGCUGGUCCCCUGGAUUCCCAUAAGUUCUAAUAACUUAAGAAUAUGAUUUAAGGUCCCCUAGGAAGAUUGGAUUGUUUAUUUCUUGUCACCACAGUGUUUGUAUUGACUAGUUUGUGAUGUAGUUUCAUAAAUAGAAUUUUUGUGACCUUUUAGGUAAGGUCUUAAAGGUAGAUAGAUUCAGUUUGUCAAGAGGAGGGUCUGGACCCUUUGUGUGCUUUGCUGAGGCUGUUCUGUGUCACACAGGGCUGUGGAGGCCUAGAGGGGAUAAGACUUGUUUUGUGAGUCCUGAGGUCUGUUCUGCCUGUUUCUGGGCCCCUGUGGCCUGACAGCUGUGAGAAGCCACCAUUGCUUUCUCCAGGGAGCCAGAGCUUUCUAUAUUUCAUGAGGCUCAGUCUAUUAGGAAGGGCCAGGUGGCAGCUUGCUUGGUUUCUUGCGCCUCCCCUGGGGAUGAGAGUCCUUGAAGUAUUUGAUUGCUGUAAGAUGCCUGGCAUCCCGGCUAGUGAUUUAGGGGUAGCUCCAAUGACUAUCUCCACUCUUACCCCAGAUCUGAGGCCCCGAUUUCAGAGGUCGAAGGAGAUUCAUUGUUAUCUGAAAAGCUUUUCCCUAGUCUUUCUGUUUCUCCCAUGUUUGCAGGACUCUAGUGUUCUCUCUGGAAGCUUCCAUCAUCUUCUGAAUUAGACCCUUGGUGUUGCUCUUCCUUGCUGGAGUCCAUCAAUGGCUUGGAAGCUCUAGUCUAAUCAUUUCACUUCCUUACCCAAACAUCUCCAGUGACUGAUUGGUAUUUGUUACUGCUGUAAAAGCUUCAGGGUGCAAAUGAACAGUCUUUUCUGUUUAUAUAUUAUCUCAUGAAAAUUCAUAAUGGUAGGGCUGUUUCUCAGAUGUAGGAAGAAGAGGCAUAUGUUGAAGACCAAAGGAACAAUGUUUGUCCAUGGGUUAUGUUAAUGCCUACAAUAUUACAAGGUUCCCUUUCUGCCCAUGGCAAACAGAUAUGAAGGCACAAAAAGUCCUAUUUGCUUCCUGAAUGAAGCCAUAUUCUCUAAGAGACUUUCUAGCUCUAAAGGUGGACUGACAGAAAGAGUGGGAUAUCAAGAUGGUUCCAUCACUUUUAGCCUGUGCACUCUGAAGUCUUGGAGAAAGAGGACCAGAGCAUAUCUGAUAGUUCUCCUCCCCCAAGCAGCUUCCUAACACUACUUCCGGGGACUGAGUGUUUCCCACAGUAUUUACUGUCUUUUCCCUGUGGUCAGUUGUACAGAACUCACCAGAUUAAACAAUCCCAGCUGUGCUGUGAGCUGUCCUCAGACUGUCCCAUUAGACAGGAGCAGAAACACUCUUUGGUGCUGGUUUUAGUGGAAUCCUUUACUGUAAAUAACCUUAACUUCCUGCAUGAGACCAGUCACCUUUGCCAACUGGAGAGCAGCAAAGCAGCCUCUAAUGGGAACUGGGAACAGAACUAAGCCCCCAAAUUGAUUUAUUGAGUUUAAUUAAGUCAGAGAUACUCAAGGCUUCAAGUCUUCAUGAACAGACACUCAUGGUGUGGGAGACAUGGCGUCCAGGAAAACACAGUGACUGAUAGUAUAAAACAGAGAAUCCAGGCAGCGAUGUAGUGGGGGGCAGGGAUUCCUCCUUCCUGUUUACAUCUACAUGUGCCCUUUCCACCUCAUCUACACUUCUCAACUCCAUUUCCUAAGAAAAGGGACAUUCCCUCCUUCACCUGAGCACAGUAUCAGAGCCCUUUGCCUGUACUUAAUCCUCAAAGAACUUCCAGAGUAGGUAUAGUUGAGGGAACCACGGUCACAGGGGUGUUGAUUUUCCAAAGUCAGGUGAUAGUUAAGUAGGGUUGAGGUUUGAAUUUAUCACCCUCUUUGUUUAAACUCUCUUUCAUAAUUAGUAAGAAGUAGGGUGUCCCUUUGAAACUGUUCUUGGUUUUCUGAUAGACAAUGUAGCUUUGAAUUGCUCUUAACUCUGUGAACCUUUGCUUCAAGGAUAGAGGAUGGGUGGUACUUGGGGCAGUGGGAUGCAGGAAAUAUGUAGGCAUCAGAAGUAGGUAGAGAAAUUGGUAGGGGAAUUCUGUGAGAGCUGUAUUCUGAGCAGUUCUCACAACUAAAAGUAAGGGUGGCAGCCAUACUUGAUACUUUAGCUGGGGCUUUCAGUGAAGGCCUUUGUAGAUGGGCAUAACCUCUGGGGAAUGGAGUCAUGCUUCUCCCCAUCUUCAUGUGCUCAGUACCUGUCUUCCAGUCUCAGAUGGGAAUUUUAGUGUACGCACUUUUCUCCCCUGUAACACAAUAAUAAUAAUAUAUCAUGAGUUAAUCAUGUAUGAAGCAUUUAAAAGGGCACCUGGAACACAGUCCAUGCUCCAUGAAUAUUAGCUAUUAAAAUUGUUAUGGGAUCUUCAUAAACAUCACCUAGAUUGAAUGUCUGCUGUUUACUAUCUUGCCUUGCAGAUAGUCUCCUCAUCUGUUUGUCUUCCCCAUGAGUGACAGCUAUGGUUCUACAGAGACCCCUGAUUAUGUGGUGGUCAUUGUGUAGAGUCCUGUGCUUAGUCCCACCAUGAAAAUGAAAAAUCUUAACAUAGAGCCUCUGACUAGGUUAGUGAGUGAUACACAGGAACUUCAGAUGUCCCUAAGGGACAUCCCAGCCUGCAGAAAGACACGGGAUGUAAGAGAACACCCUAACGAAGGGUUGUUGGUCUGUGGGCCUCACCUGCAUCAUCGUUGGGCAGCUGUGAAUGAAACACCCACUAUUCCUGUCUGAAGACACACAGAUAAUGGGUUAGAAAUGGCUGCCAGAAUGCUGUGGUCUCUAAGCCAUAUUUCUGGAAUCUCGUCAGAGAAACUCAAACAUUUAUCUGCUCAUAACUACUGUCCUUCCUUGGGGUCCCUCAGAGUCAAUGGAAUCAGAUCUCCAGGGCUUCCUCUAGUGUUCUACAGCUCCUUCUCCUUGGCUUUCAGAAUCCUUUGGUUUAUCCUGUAAAGGACCUUGAUGCUGUCAAUCAUCUUCUUUCCAGUCGUCUAACCUACCAUAAGCUUUAAUUCCCUGUGGGUCCCUGUUUUGCCUGGCCUCUGGGGUAUCAGGCUCAUGGGACAACAACAUGUGCCUCUCAGAGGAGGCAAAGCACAGUCUAAGAUAGGGGUCUCAGCCAAUGUUUCUCCAGGUGGGAAAUAGGGGGUGCUGGGAGGCUGUGCUUCUCAAGCUCCUGGGCACCCAGAUGCCGCUGGGAACCACAAGGACUUAGGAAUGGGGCCUGAGGUCUGCGAUGAGCCAGGGUUGGGGGCUCUGGUUUAGUUCUGUACUAUGUCAUGAUCUUCUUAGUGGGAUGUCAAUGGUCACAUGUUCCAGGACAGGUAUCUGAUCAGGAGCUAGUCUGAACACCUGCUGUUCUCAAUUACAGGUUUUAUUGGGGUUGGGAACUUUGCUACUACCUUUCCAGCUCUUCUGUCUCGUGGCUCGGUCCACUGCCCUACAAUUCCCUCUUCAAUAUUUUUGGUUUGUUUGCUUUUGCCUUUUCUUCAUGAUAAUGUUAGAAGUAAGAUAGAAUGCUCUCAUGUUGUCAUCUCAUCACAAUUAGAUUUUACCCUGGGAAACUGGGGCUUUUCUUUAUAGUCUCUGUGUUCUAGGAGACUUCUAGGGCCUCCUUGACCCAGAACAUUAUAGGCAAUUGCCAAUGCUCUUAGUUACCCACUAGAAUGAAAUUGUAAAACCCUAUUGCUGAAGACACUAUCUAUUCAGGUUAUAUGACAUUGAGAGAUCUGAGCUGGAAUUUCCUUCCUGCUGGUUCAACUUCAUAGCAUUGGAAGGUGCUAUUUAAGCUUCUAAGGGAGGGAAAAAACAUCAAUGUUUUUACACAAUUCUGUAUCCAUAAGCUACAAUGAGGACCUGCCUGGUAAGAUAUAUCUACCAGGGAUAAUACUGCUAUUAAAAUAGUAAUGAUCCACUCUCUGCUUGAAUUAGAGGUUCACUCUACAGGAAGAAAAUGAAAAGGGAAUGCGGAGAAGAUUCCUUCUGAAUCCCUGUAGGAGAGAUGUCAGAGGAGCUCAACAGCUGGGCAGUUAGUUUUAUGAGGGAGGAGGGCUGACCCUGUAACAUGUUACCAUGAGUUUUAAGAAAGCCAAGUGCACUCUCAGGUCCAGAAUUGGAAGUCUUGAAACCGUUCACUUCUUUCCAUUGGUAUGCUACUGUCUGAACAGAACAGAGACCUUUAUGUUCACUGACUUAACCGACAAGAAUUGAUAUGAUCUUAGAUGUAGGAAGUGUAGAGGUGGGCCGGACUACAGAGAGUCCGUGAUCUGGGACCCAGACAAUUUUCCUCUGCACAUAAGCUCUGUUCUGCAGUUAGCUCCUCUCAUGACUAUAUAAUUCUCUUCUUAUUGAAGUAGAAGUGAGUUGUCUUCUGGGUCUAAUAGGAGACUGUCUCUCUCACCUGAUGCCUCUGCUUAGAGAAAGAAAACCUUUCCUAAGAUCUACUCUGUCAUGACUCAAUGGCCUGAACUGAGUUUUAGGUCACAUCCUGAGCUCUGUACUUGCCGUUCAAGUGAAAUGACGUCAUUUAAAGCGGAGUGCAUUGGCUGCUUUUUAAGUAUGCGUAUGUCCUGUACAAUAUUGGCUGGCUUGUGUGUCCCAAUGUCAGUCACACACCAAAAGGGUAAAUAUUUGACAAUAGGACAAAGGGAAAGAUCGUAGCGGGUUACAGUAAGCCAGGGAUUUAGAAAGAAGGUCACAUCUGAGUCCUGUCUUACCUGUAUGAGGACAUCAGAGUGUGAAUCAGCUCAGAAGAGGAGGCCCAGUAGACCUUCUGUCUCACCUACUUUGGCUUCUUAUAACCCAGAUUUGAGAAGUGAAGAGACUGGACCUCCUCUCUUAACGAACCCAUCCUGGCCUGUCUUUUCAGGGGCCAGACCGCUGUGGGCAGGCACUACUGCAGAUUGGAAUGAACAUGAUGGCACUACCUGGAGGCCGGCACCUGGGUUCCAUUCCUCUGCAAGAGCAGAGGCUACACUUCAUGCAGGUGGACUCGGUUCAGCGCUGGAUGGAGGAUCUGAAGCUCAUGACCGAGUGUGAGUGCAUGUGCGUCUUGCAGGCAAAGCCCAUCAGCCUGGAGGAAGACACGCAGAGUGACCUUAUCCUAGCAGGUGGUCCUGGACCAGGAGAUCCUCUGCAGCUGCUCCUGAAGCGGGGCUGGGUCAUCAGCACAGAGCUUCGAAGGAUCGGGCAGAAGCUGGCCCAGGACCGCUGGGCACGCGUGCACAGCAUGAGUGUGCGUCUGACGUGCCAUGCACGUUCCAUGGUCAGCGAGUACAGCACCAUCAGCAGGACAACCUCGCAGGAAAUGGGCCAGGCAGAGAAGCUGCUCAUGGAGAAAUGCUCCGAGCUCUCUGCGGUCACUGAGAGGUGCCUCCAAGUGGAAAAUGAGCAUGUUCUGAAGUCAAUGAAGGCCUGCGUGAGUGAGACCCUGAGCAUGUUGGGCCAGCACUUUGGCCAGCUACUGGAACUGGCCCUCACACGGGAAGUGCAGAUUUUGUCUUCUCAUAGAAGGCCCAGGAAGGCAGGUCUCCAAAUCCACAGUUUCCAGGGAAAACUUGAACAACUGCACUCAUUAGUAGGCACUUGUGAGAAAAAUCGAUACCUCAGACAAUAUCUACAUCACGGAAUCUACCACAGGGAACCUCUUCAGCCUGACCCAGGAGGGGGCUCCUUUGUGCCGCAUCAUAGCCAAGGAAGGUGGGGUUGUAGCCCUCUUCAAGGUCUGCCGGCAGGACACCUUCCGGUGUUUGUACCCCCAGGCGCUCCGCACACUGGCCUCUAUCUGCUGUGUGGAAGAGGGUGUCCAUCAGCUGGAAAAGGUGGAUGGUAUCCUGUGCUUGACGGACAUCUUGACUGAUGAUAGCCACUCAGAGGCCACUCGAGCUGAGGCUGCAGCCGUGGUAGCCCAGGUUACCUCUCCACAUCUGUCUUUCACCCAGCACCUCACUAGCUUUCUGGAGAACAUGGAGGAGAUUGUGACAGCCCUAAUCA